AUGCCUUCGCUCUCCAAACACCUCGGGCUGCGGCCCAAGCCGCGGCCGCGCGCGUCGUCGUCGUCGUCGUCGUCCGCGGAGGAGCUGUUCCCCGCGUCGUCGCGCGCGAACGCGCCGCCGCCGCCCGGCUCGGGGACGGGGACGGCGGGGACGGCGACGGGGACAUCCCCGUCCCCAUCCCCGUCCCCGUCCCCGUCCCCGAACCCGCCGGGGGGGGCUGGCUCGACGAGGCGCGCGUCGCACGGUCGACGCGUGUCGUUCGUCGCGCCCGCGGACCUGCCCCCGGUGGAGCCGAUACGGGAGUCCCCGCGCUCGCCGCCCGCGGACGCGGCGAAGAGGGAGCGCGGGCGGACGCUCAUGCGACGGACGUCCACGCGGACGGUGAUGCAGGCGGUGCGGGAGAUGGACGCGAUGGAGGACGACAAAGGCGUGUCUGGUCCCCGUCCCCGUCCCCGUCCCCGUCCCCGUCCCCGUCCCCGUCCCCGCGCCGCGCUGUCCGGCGGCCUCCUCCCGACGGGAUUUUUUUUGGCGGUCCCGUCGCUUGCGCUCGCGCUCGCUCCGCGUCCUCUUCGCUCACGGAACCCCCCCCACUCCACAGGUCCGCUCGAGCGCAUGAAGGACCGCGUCCCAGACCCGCCGCCGUACUCCCGCCUCGGCGGCGAUUCCUCCUAUCUCAAAACGCCGCGUCAGUACAGGCAAGAGGACGGCACGCUCGGGCCGAAGCGCCCGCCGCGGAAGGCCUACGUCGUCGCCGCGCGAAGAGAGUGGGUACGUUCUAUACACUGGUCCCCAUACGAUGGCGUUCGCGUGGCGGACCUCGUGCACUACUGUCGCAUCACCGGCGGGUGCGAGGACGUGACGAAACACGGCAGGUGCUACAAAACCGGCGUCGGGGUUCUCCACGCGGAGCACCGCGCGUACCUCUCCAAGAUGGGGCUCGAGCCGGAGACGGACGCGAACGGUCACUGGUACGGGUUCGACCCAUCGAAGUUGAACCCUCUGGACGACCCCGAGCACGUGAUCAACCAGGUUAUCGGCACCGCGUGGCGGAACCACAAGCCCGUGUGUCACCCGGAUAACUGCCAAGACCUGCAACGCGGCCCCGUGGGGUUCGACACGAACGGUCACAAGGACGGAUACGUCGUCGGCGAGGACGAGCCCAUCGGCCCGGGCCCGUGGGACAAAGGCUUCGACGAGCUGCGCGCCGUACUGUCGGACAAGGAGAAGAUCAGGGAGCAGUUCGCGGCGGCCGCGUCGGACAUCGCCAAGGCGGAGGAAAACGACGCGUGCAAGGAGAUCCUCGGAUGCGGUAGGCUACAGCACGACGGAAGUACGCGUGUGCCUUCGUGA